CAAAGCUGAUCUCUGUCAAGUCUGAAUCCAUCAGCUCUACAUGUGAAGGAAACAUGCAAAGACGGAUUCCAGACCUGUUUGAACUCGUGCUUCCACAGGCGUGACUCUCCUUUGACUUUUCAACAAGGACAUAUGCUUAAAAGAGCAUUUCCACUCAGAAUGAAGGCCCGGUGGCGGAGCGGAGAGCACAGAGCAGGCUUUGUUUUUUUAGCCUCUGCAUGCAGACUGUGUGAGGGGAUUGUUUUGAAACCAUGGAGAGGGAUUUCCCUCCUCCACCCAGCUGCAGCCGCUGCCUUCUUUUCAAGAUAGCAAAGAACUGGUUCCUCCACCCUGAACAGACGGGCGCACACUGACAAGCCCUCUGCCUCACAUGUGCACGCUAUAACAACACCCCGCCCGCUGCAUUCUUGCGGCCUGCGCUGCGGAGGAGGACGAGGCCGGCCGGAGCCAUGCAGCGGCAGCUGGAGCUGGCUGCCCUCGCUGUGGGCCUCGCCGGGUGGCUUUGCUCGGUUUUGACCCGCUGCCUGGCCCUGUGGAAGGUAAGCGGCACCGUGGACAACUCCACCGCCACCCUGCCUGCUUACUGGGACGGGGUGUGGCUGGAGUGGGAUCACUGGGAUUUGGCUCAGGACGGCAGCCUGCACUGCUCCUUCUACCAGUCUCUCAUGUCCCUCUCUGGAAGCUUCCGGACGUGGAGAGCCCUCAUCAUGGCGGCUAUCGGAGUGGGGGGCUUUGCAGCGGCGAUAGGAGGAGCCGGGCUGAUCUGGUUCCCAAAGCGAGCCCAGGUCAAAGUUUUCUCUGGUUCCCUGUUUGUGGUGUCAGGAAUUCUGCUGCUGGUCCCCACGGCCUGGACGUGCCAUCACACCAGCCAGCCGCUGGAGGGAGCCCUCCUGCUGAGGAGAGACUGGGGCCCGGCCCUGUACCUGGGGUGGAUCUCGUUUGCUCUGAUGCUGGCCGGCGGGGUGUUCCUCACCACCAGGUGCCCCGCCGCAAAGGGGCAGGCGGAGGAAACGGAAGGUGGCGGACCUCCAAACGUGGAGGCGGAGGCCCAUCACCCCCUGAGCAGGAUCAACAGGACUAUGUUCACUCACAGUCAGUAUGAGCGCAGAUCCGAGCCCAUCUGACCAACCCAGAGGAGUCCAGCAGCGAACUGGAAGCGGUGCAGUCACACACUGGUCUUAAUUCAACUUUGACCUUUUAAAUCCCCCGUAUGUGGAUGCUUUGCUUUGUGAUUACACCCCCGAACGCAAGGUGGCAGGAGAGAGCCUUCUGGAGUUUCCUAACAAAUAAUGCUAAUAGGUUCAGUUGUGAUUAUUUUAAAAAGUUUCUGCUCGAAAUUCCAAAUAUUUCUGAUGUAAAUUAAUUUCAUUUCUUCUGUAAACAGGAUUUUUCUUCCAUUGUUUGUUGUAUCAAACCAAAUCAGUGGAUAAAAAACAGGAAAAAAAUCAAGAAUGGAUGAGAAUUGUUCUUCUUUGAACAAAACUUUAUUGACACUUGUAAGAAACAAAAUGCGAAAAAAUAAAGCUUGAAUUUAGCACUUUAAAAAUUACAACUUUAAGUACAAAAAUAGAGAAUAAAAGAGUAAAUACCA